AAGAGUAGGGUGACUGCGGAGAUCAUCUUUUGGGGUGCUGUGCCCAGAUUUCCGGUGCUGGGAAGAAGACUCAAGCCCGCAGGGCUCUUUUGAUCUUGAGACCCUCUGACGGUGACUGGGCUGCAGGAGGAAGUACUUGUGGCUCAGGUCUGUUCCUGGGACUUCUGCUGCUUGGUUGGUAUCUCUGUAGCAGGUUCAAGGGUGAUGCCUCCAGUUGUGGUCCUCCGGGCCAGCCCCCUGGGCGAGUCCCCACGGCAGAGAAACGGGAUGGCAGUAUGGGGCCAUGGCCAGCACCAGUUGCCUCGGGCCGGAUGAGGUUGUCAGAUGGUGGCAAAGGUGGGAAUCUGGGACUGAAUUGUGCCCAGAAACCUCAGAGUCCAUGCUGUUCUGGGCUCCCUUUCCCCAGACACAUUCUGUCUGGUGGAUGGAGAGGAGCUGUGCAGGGAGGAAGAAUAGGAAUAGAGAAUGAGGGAAGGUAGCACAGCACAUCCAGCCUGAUGUAGCCCCCCUUUUGGGGACCGCGGUGGGUCCUCCUCACCUGAGUGGACAACCCCACGGUGGUACCCUGCCAGAGCGCACCUGAACUCCGCGACUCCCUUCUGAAAUGAGGACAGAUUGGAUGUUCUCUCAAGCUGAGACCCUGUGUGCACAACCCUCAGGGCUGGUGACAGCAGACAGGAGAAGAUGGCAGGGAAGGCCUGGGGGACAUGACCCCAAGGAGAGCGGGAACAGGACGAGGCUCUAAAUUAUCCAUCAGCACAGGCCGGCCAGUGGCCCGAUGCAUAAAUGUAUAGAGAAAAUAAGUGGGGGCGGAGGGGGAGAGAGAAGGGACCAGGGUAUAAAAAGGGCCGGCAAGGGACUGACUCCAGGAUCCCAGCAUCCAGCUCCCCAAACCGCUAAGGGCCCUGUGGACAGCUCACCCCCAGCUGUGAUGGCUGCAGGCCCUCGGAACUCUGUGCUCCUGGCGUUUGCCCUGCUCUGCCUGCCCUGGCCCCAGGAGGUGGGCGCCUUCCCAGCCAUGCCCUUGUCCAGCCUGUUUGCCAACGCCGUCCUCCGGGCCCAGCACCUGCACCAACUGGCUGCCGACACCUACAAAGAGUUUGAGCGUGCGUACAUCCCGGAGGGACAGAGGUAUUCCAUCCAGAACGCGCAGGCUGCCUUCUGCUUCUCGGAGACCAUCCCGGCCCCCACGGGCAAGGACGAGGCCCAGCAGAGAUCCGACAUAGAGCUGCUCCGCUUCUCUCUGCUGCUCAUCCAGUCGUGGCUCGGGCCCGUGCAAUUCCUCAGCAGGGUCUUCACCAACAGCCUGGUGUUCGGCACCUCAGACCGAGUCUACGAGAAGCUCAAGGACCUGGAGGAAGGCAUCCAAGCCCUGAUGCGGGAGCUGGAAGAUGGCAGCCCCCGGGCCGGGCAGAUCCUGAAGCAAACCUACGACAAGUUUGACACCAACUUGCGCAGUGACGACGCGCUGCUCAAGAACUACGGGCUCCUGUCCUGCUUCAAGAAGGACCUGCACAAGGCCGAGACGUACCUGCGAGUCAUGAAGUGUCGCCGCUUUGCGGAGAGCAGCUGUGCCUUCUAGUCUCUGGGCAUCUGGGUCGCCCCCUCCCUGGCGCCUCCCCUGACCCUGGAAAGUGCCACUCCUGCACCCACCGUGCUUUCCUAAUAAAAUUAAUUUGCAUCGUA